CGGCUGGGGGCCCCGCCAGUGAGCCAGGAGCCGCAGGAACGCUAGUGAGCCGCGCGCGGGGCCGGCAGCUGGGGGUUAUUUCAGUGCGCGGGGAGAGGGCGGCCCGCGGCCUAGCGUGGGGUUAAGCGGCCUCCCCCGCACUGGGGUGAGAGCCCAGAACAGGCAGCAGAGCCACCCCCCAACCCCCAACCCCAAUCCCCGCGCUCGCUGCGGGCUGGACGUGAAAAGACGGUCCCAUGCUCUGGGGAGUUAGUUGCCUUCCAUUGGUACCUUCAGAUGAGUGAGCGAACAUGAAGUCCAGUCCUGGCAUCCAAGCCGCCAUCGACCUCACAGCGGGGGCCGCAGGGGGGACAGCGUGUGUACUGACCGGGCAGCCCUUCGACACAAUAAAAGUGAAGAUGCAGACGUUCCCCGACCUGUACAAGGGCCUCACCGACUGCUUCCUGAAGACGUACACCCAAGUGGGUCUCAGGGGCUUCUACAAGGGCACUGGCCCGGCACUUAUGGCCUACGUUGCUGAAAACUCGGUCCUCUUCAUGUGCUACGGGUUCUGCCAGCAGUUUGUCAGGAAAGUGGCUGGAAUGGACAAGCAGGCAAAGCUGAGUGAUCUCCAGACUGCAACCGCGGGGUCCUUCGCCUCUGCAUUUGCUGCGCUGGCUCUCUGCCCCACUGAGCUUGUGAAGUGCCGGCUACAGACCAUGUAUGAAAUGGAGAUGUCAGGGAAGAUAGCAAAAAGCCAUAAUACAAUUUGGUCUGUCGUGAAGGGUAUCCUUAAAAAGGAUGGCCCCUUGGGCUUCUACCAUGGACUCUCGAGUACUCUACUUCAAGAAGUACCGGGUUAUUUCUUUUACUUUGGUGGCUAUGAACUGAGCCGAUCGUUUUUCGCAUCAGGGAGAUCAAAAGAUGAACUAGGCCCUGUCCAUUUGAUGUUAAGUGGUGGAGUUGCUGGAAUUUGCCUCUGGCUUGUCGUGUUCCCAGUGGAUUGUAUUAAAUCCAGAAUUCAAGUUCUUUCCAUGUAUGGAAAACAGGCAGGAUUUAUUGGUACUCUCUUAAGUGUUGUGAGAAAUGAAGGAAUAGUAGCCUUAUAUUCUGGACUGAAAGCUACUAUGAUUCGAGCAAUCCCUGCCAAUGGGGCACUGUUUGUGGCCUAUGAAUACAGCAGGAAGAUGAUGAUGAGCCAGUUGGAAGCAUACUGAAGUGUCUUGGUGAACCUGGAUCUGAGUCUGUGAGUUUGAGUACUACAGUUCAUCACAGGUUUCAACAGAAUACAAGACCAAUGCUGAAUUUUGACUUCAUGGGAAUUUUGGUUCUAUCUUCCCUUCUUCUACCCUAAAUCUUAACUUUAUGAAAGGGCCUCUAUUUUACAUCAUAUAAUUUCUGCCCAUAAUUGUAUUGAAAUAGGAAAGUUGCUGCUCUUGCACUUGCUGGAAUGUACAGGAUGGGCUGGUUGGCCCUAUGUACCUAAUCCGAAAAACUAAAUAUCACGCUGUCAGGGCCUUUGCAUAAAGCCAUUUUUGUGUACGUG